GGAGAUUUCGCAAUCGGGGCUCCUGUCCAUGUUCCAAACAAAAACAGUCAGAGCGAUAGACGGACGGAUUUAAACUGGAAAUUAUCACCGCCACCCGGUCUGUUUUGACGGAUGGUCUUUCCCAGGAGCGGCCGCUGAAGGUGCCGUCGCUGCUUCUUCUUCUUCUCCUGCCUCACCUGGACCCUGAGGAGGCUCCGGUCAGACAUCAGCUCCUGAAGGCAACGGAUCCAAAUGAGCCGGCCGUCCCAGCGGAAACUCACCCACGCUGCUGACCACAACGGUGUGAGCGUCAUCCAGAGCCAGGCGCACACCGCCGCGUCCCCCUCGUCCCCGCCGGCGCCCGUGGCCGGACUGCAGCAGGUCCCCCAGCUCGUCCCCGCCAACCCUUCCUCCGCCGGUGGCGGCAAGGCCUCGCCCCCCAGCAAGAUGAAGAAGCCGUCCGCCGACAAGGACAGCGACGAGUACCGGCAGCGGCGCGAGCGCAACAACCUGGCGGUGAAGAAGAGCCGCAUGCGCAGCAAGCAGAAGGCGCUGGACACGCAGCAGCGCGUCAACGAGCUCAAGGAGGAGAACGAGCGGCUGGAGGCCAAGAUCAAGCUGCUCAGUAAGGAACUGAGCGUGCUCAAGGACCUGUUCCUGGAACACGCCCACAACCUGGCGGACAACGUGCAGCCGCCCCCCGCCGCCGCCGAGGGCGCUAGCCCCGCCCCCAACAGCAGCACUGGCCAAUGAGAGGAGGAGGCGGGGCCACGGGACUCACGGAUCCACACACUUUUAACUCUUGUCUUCUGGAAACGAGCUUCUUCAUUUUGCUUUUCUUUUCUGUUAUCACUCAUUACCGAAUUCACCACCUCUCCUGACCCAAACCCGGCACCAGGAAAUGACUCGCUUUGAUCCGCCUACCAGUCCUGGGGAAACUUCUUCUGAAUUUGGUUGAACCCUGUAGCGUUGUGGCCGAUCAGACUUGUUUUUAUUGGACGGCGACUGGUCAUGUGACCGCGGGUCCGGGGGAGCGCGGCGACCGCAGCACAGGCGCCGUUCCCUCCUCCCGUCCACCCAACUCUGCCGUCUCUUUUCUAUCUCGUGAAUCUUGUUCUGAUGUUCAGAGUUUUUUUAAACUAAAGUCACUACAUGUUGUUGUUUUGGAAGACUCUU